CACCCCACCAUGUUUGUUCGAGCGGCGGCAGGCGGCGGGAGCCUCGAAGAGCGCGCAUGCGUCGUUAUCGGCGCUCCUCCAACCCUCCAGGCUCCUUCUCUCUUCCAGGCAGCUCAGUCGGCAGUGUCUCCUGCCUCUGAGAUCGAUGAGGCAUCCUUCGCCAAUGCCGUCAAGGGAUUGGAUGCGUCGGAUGCUGGCGAAGUUCUCCCGUUGCUCGGUAAGAAGCUGACAGUCAUCAGCCUCCCGACCAAGCACACUCGAUGCAACUGUCCUGCUCGUCCUGACAAGGUUCCUGCUCUCCUGAAGCCACUGCUGGCCCGCAAAGACACGACGGUUGUGGUUGCAUGCCCUGCAGAGCAUGUCGUGGCUCUCUCGGCGGCUGUGACCCGUUCAUGCCCACCGUUGUUUGAUAUGAAGUCCAGUCAGCGAAAGAAGCCUGACUUGCAAGUCCUCGUCCUCGUUCACAAGGGCCAAAAUUUUGAGGUCGCGUCGGAAGAAACUGUACGUCAACUAAAUGAAAUGGCAAGGGCUAUUCGCUUGGCUGCCCGGCUGGUGGACACUCCAACAAACUACAUGCACACAGAUGCGAUGAUAGAUGAAGCGAAGCAAGUGGCUCAGCUUGACUGCAAGACAGGAAAGGUUUCGAUGGAGGUCAUUCGCGACAGGGAACUGCAGGAGAAGGGGUUCGGGGGCCUGUGGAACGUGGGCAAGGCAGCUGAGCAUGGACCAGCCCUGGUUGUCCUGACCUACACUCCCAGUGACAUGCCAAAGGAUGCUCAGACUGUUUGCUGGGUUGGAAAGGGCAUUGUGUACGACACUGGAGGGCUGAGCAUCAAGGGAAAGUCAGACAUGCCGUCCAUGAAGAGAGACAUGGGGGGGUCAGCGGCUGUCUUGGCGUCCUUCUCGGCUGCUACUCAGAUUGGAUGUAAGUUCAAGCUCGUCGCUUUGUUAUGCCUGGCUGAAAACUCAGUUGACUCCGUCUCCAUGCGUCCUGAUGACAUCAUUACAAUGCUGUCUGGCAAAACCGUUGAGGUGAACAACACUGAUGCCGAAGGAAGGCUGGUUCUUGCCGACGGAGUCAACUACGCUGCGUCCACGUUCAACCCAGACGUGAUUCUAGACAUGGCAACCUUGACAGGAGCUCAGUGCAUCGCAACCGGCAAGAAGCAUGCUGCAGUGCUAUGCAACAACACAGAGUCAGAGAAGAAGAUUGUCGAAGCUGGCAUCGUGACCGGAGAUUUGGUCUAUCCUGUGGUUUAUUGUCCCGAGUUCUUCAUGGAGCAAGCUUUCCGCUCAGAGGUUGCAGACAUGAAGAAUAGCGCCGAUGACCGCAGCAAUGCCUUGUCGUCUUGUGCAGGGCAUUUCAUUGAAGCUCAUCUGCCUGAGAGCUACAAGGGCGUAUGGAUUCAUAUCGAUAUGGCGAAACAAGUGGAAGAGAACCAACGAGCUACUGGAUGGGGCGUAAGUGUCCUGCUCAAGUGCUUUGACAUCAUGAAUUAGUUCAGUGAGGACCUAGUUUGUCGAACAUGAUGGCAACUCUCUCUGUCCAAUAAAACAGUGUGGUCAACUG